AUGCGGCCGACACGGCCGCAGAGCGUGAAAGAGCUUGUCGCUCAGGCCGAGAACUUCACUUUCAACGCAAACAUUCCGUUCAAGCACUGGACUAGAGCUGCAGAGACGCUUUACCAAGAGGCUUCGUUCGCCAUGUCGGAUGGCGACUAUGGCCGAGCAUAUGUGAUGUUGUAUAGACAUUCAGUGCUGGUCUUGAAAUGCCUCCAGACACACCCCCAGUUUAAAGACCCUGAAAGCCGUAAAGCCUUUCGUCCGCUUUCCAAGCGUAUAGACCGCGUUAUCGCCGACCUCGAAGAAAUAAAGCCUAUAAUAAAUGACGAAUAUGCUGAAUGGGAGCGAAUGAGACCUGCAGGCUUGAAACUAGCAGAACAAGGACAAAUAAAGUCGCCAUCAAGUUACGGGGAAUUUGCGGCCCGCGACCCCAGCCUGAGCGGCAAUGCAACUGUUCUAGACGCAUCCGAAAACCAAGAACUGGCUGUAGAGUUGGCGCAGAAGGAGUUGGCGCGGAGAGAUACAGUGAGGCAGGCGAACAGACGCACUCGGGUUUACGGAGACACCAUUCUUACGUCUCGCUUUGGCGAUGGCCAAAAACUCGACUUUAGCCUUCAAAGUCAGAUGGAAGCUGUUCGAAGAGCCACAGAAUCUUCACAACAAGAUCUAUGUGAGGGUCAGGCCAACAAGCCAACGGCUACGUCGCAUCGAGACGCUGUGCCGCAGUCGUACAUUUACCCGUCAAUAUCGAAAUCGAGACCCCUUCAAUUUGAUGAAGCCCCUCAAACACCACCACUACCACCACCACCGCCCAGCUUACCGCCCCCCAGUCGCCCCCCCAAAGAAUACAUACAUGCCCCUCCCAGAGAUCCGUCAUAUACAUCUCGACGUGAGUCACCAGUGGUUCCGAACAAAGUUCCUGUUGUGGACUCACUUUCGGCACCUUAUCCAAGUCAUGAGGUGGCAAGAAAGAAUCAACCUCCUCUUCCUCCGAAAACACUAGAUGGCCCACCACUCCCUAAGAAAGAACGACUGGCAUUUAAACCUGGAGCAUAUCUCGAAAAUGGCGACCCAAUCCGUUCUGUAUUUCUUCCCAGUAAACUUCGAGCCGCCUUCUUAGAUGUCGCAGCUCCAAACACAAACAAGGGCCUGGAAAUGUGCGGCAUCUUGUGCGGGACACCAGUUAAUAACGCAUUGUUCGUGCGCAGCUUGCUCAUUCCAGAUCAAAAAUGCACGUCAGAUACUUGUGAGACAGAAAACGAGAGUGCAAUAUUCGAUUACUGUGCUGGAGAGGACUUGAUGGUUCUCGGAUGGAUUCAUACGCACCCAACUCAAACUUGCUUCAUGAGUUCUCGAGACUUGCACACCCACGCUGGAUAUCAGGUUAUGAUGCCGGAGAGUAUUGCAAUAGUGUGUGCACCUAGAUUUACUCCGUCGUAA